AUGUCCUAUAGCAAGUUUGACACUCCAUGGGUUCAAAAUCCCUUGGAAUUCGCAGAGAACGCUCUCCGUGACGAACACGGUACCAGACUCUACGAGAACGACCUUGGCGACCUUCUCUUUGCAACCAUUCGCUACAAUGACAUCCCCAGACUAAAGCAAUAUCUUUCUGUCUAUUCCCCACGCUUGGACAUGAAAAGUAAAGUGUUUGAGGACCCGCUUUGUAUUGUCGCGUCGCAGGGACGUACUGAGGUGCUUCGCGUUCUUAUAGACUACUACAAUACCAACUGGAAACAGCUGCCUCUCUAUCAGCGGGGGUGCUCGUUACUGACCGCAGCAUGCGGAGAGGCACAGAUCGAGACGGCUCGAUUGAUUAUAGACAGUCAGCCGGCCCUCAAUUCAGCCCACAUUGACCAGGUGUAUCGCGAUGAAGCGCUGCUGGCAACUGCCAGAUCUUUGGGUUCUUUGCCCUCGGAUUGCGGGAUUGAGACGCCUGCAGGUUGCUACCACUGGGUAAGCAAGCGCACUGCCCAAGGGGAAGAGUUGAUUUGUCUGCUCCUUGAUGGUGGUGCAUCUGCUCAAGCGACUGAACCGCUUGAAGACAGCCAACCAAUGCAUUGUCUUGGAACGAUCCUUGGCCGAGCCUCCUCGCGAGCUGGGCCCGCGCUAGUGAAACGACUUAUUGGGCAAGGAGCUAAUGUGUACGCGACGGAAGAGUACCAACUCCACGCUUCAUCCAGACUUUGGGACAUGGAAAAUCCAUCUGGUGCAACUGCACUUCACAUUAGCAGUGCUUAUGGACGUCUACCUCUUCACUGGGCAGCCGCGGGCCCAGGCUCAUUGGAAUGUUGGCUACCUGAUGAGAAAAUCAACAAACGAAUUCUUGACACCCUCAAGCUACUCUGCUCCAGUAGCGAUAUCAAUGCUCGGGAUAACGGGGGAAAUACUCCUUUACACCACGCCAUACGCGGUCACAUCUGCUGUGGUCAAAGCAUACACAUCGAUAACAUGUUGAAGUUUUUUCUGGAGAAAGGAGCGCACGCAGGGUCGGUCGCUGAUAAUAAUCAGACCGUGCUACAUAUGAUGGCGUUCCACUGCCUGGAUGGUGAUCCCAUCAAUACCUCUCUAAUGCAGAUGCUUAUUUCACAUGGUGCCAAAAUCAACCAACAAGACAUAAAUGGGAACACGGCAUUGCACCUCAUGGCUAGGAAUUUACGCCAAACUAAGGCAACUCAGUUUCUAAUUUCUCAGGGUGCAGAUGUGUCUCUUAUCAAUGUCAAAGGGAAUACAGCCCUGCACGAAUGCUUAGCAAUGGGAAAAAUCCUGUCAAGGGAGACUGCGAACGGACCUAUUGCUCCUACGGUCGCCGAUCGAAGAAAAGCCCUGGAUGAAAUGAUUAAUAUUUUGUUGCAUAUCGGGGGCGAUGCUAUGAUGGAUCAGACCAAUCAAGCGGGGGAGACGCCGCGACAGCUGCAGUCUAAGAAGCUAGCCUACUGGCAGGAACUGGAGUUACGUGAAGCCACGAGACACAAGUAG